ACGUGAAUACCGCUGUUCAUGAUAAACAGACAAGAAACACGAUAAAAUCCUCGAUAUUUUCACACUCGUUCUCCUAUAAUUGAUUGACAAUGACCAGUGACGCUAGGGUUAAGAACAAAUUGCGCAUGCGCGAUACAAUACUGCCAGAUGGAGGGGAUAAAUUCUCCAGACGUCAUACAAAACAAUGGCUGGAUGUAUGAAGGUGACUGGCUUAAGGAUCAUAAACAUGGCUAUGGUAUCUUAAGUAAAAUUUCAAAAGACGGUAACAUACGUAAAGUGUACGCCGGUAAUUGGAUAGAAGGAAAAAAGCACGGAUUCGGAAGCAAUUGGUACAGAGAUGAAAGUUAUUACGAAGGAACGUUUCAAGAAAACAAACGAAAUGGUUACGGCCGGAUCUGGUAUAAAUGUGGCAGUAGAUAUUAUCAGGGUACAUGGUCAAAUGAUCGUUAUCAUGGAGAAGGGAUAUUCAUUCAAGGUACACGUGAAACUUUUAAAUACGACUUUGCAAAAAAUAAAUUCGCUUAGAAAUGUUUGUCAUUUUUUUCUCCUUUUAAUUACAUAUUACAUAGAGAAUAGAGUGAUACAUGUUUCUCCUUAAUUGUUUGAUUUUAUUCUCGUUUAGGGCGCAUUGACUUCAAACUCCCUUAUUAGUCUCUCAUUCAAGCGUGAGAUAUUCUUAAAACUUACUUAAAAAUUUAUAAAUAUUUCCUAAUAUAUCCUAAACUCCCCGUAGAAAAUGGUA